AUGCCCGCCAAAUCUAAGGCCAGCUCCAAAGCCAAGGAAGCUGAGAAUAAGAGCAAACAGCAAUCGCAAUCUGCCUCUGGACCUCAACAACCCCCCAAGACAGUCAACGAGCGCACCCUGCAGCGCUUCCAUCAGACGAAUCCCCACGAGCGACGACUCGAGGAAGCCGGAGGUCUACACGCACUGACACCAGCUGAGCGCCAGUCCUGGGUCAACGCAAGCCUGGUGCACCGUGUAGCCAACAGGGAGAUCUACCUUACCAACAAGGCGGAGCGUGAAUUCUGGAAGCAGGUUAGCCGCGAGAGCCCGCCGAUCCGACGGCUUGAGAAGCAGCGUACGACAGCCGACAAAAGCGUCGUCUACGACUGGGGCAAGGACAAGAACGGCCGCGACCUCGGAGAGUACCCUCUCGACCAGUUCGCUGUUCGGGCCGCGAAGCAGGCGAAGCUCACGGCGCUCGAGGUUCUCCACCGUCGGUUCAUUCAAAAGAGAGAGUUUGCGCGCGACGGCGUCUCAGACGUGACUGUCGCCGCGGGCAAAGCCACGGAGAUCUCGCAGGAGGACAUCGACGAGGAGAGGCAGAGAAGACGGGAAAUGGCGGCGCUGAGAAAGGAACUGUACGGGGACAAGAUGGGACCGUACGCCACGGAUCCGGAGUGGGACGACGUUGUGCCCAUUCCUGCCGAAGAGCCCGAGGGCGCGCUGGCUACGAUCGCUUACCCGGAGGAUUAUGCUGAGGUCAUGAGCUACCUCCGGGCCGUCAUGGUCGCCGAGGAGUACAGCCCGCGAUGCCUCCGGUUGACGGAGCAUGUCAUAACCCUGAACCCAGCUCACUACACCGUCUGGCUGUACCGUUUCAAAAUCGUCGAGGCUCUCGAAAUCCCUGUUGUGGAUGAAAUUGAGUGGCUCAACGAGGUGUCACUCGAGCACAUCAAAAACUACCAGAUCUGGCACCACCGUCAGCUGCUGCUGGACCAUCACUACAACCGCAUCAAGGGCAGCCCGGAUGAGUUGAAGCGCUUCGGACGGUCCGAGACGGAGUUUCUCACGCGCAUGCUCGAAGAGGAUACCAAGAACUACCAUGUGUGGAGCUACCGCCAGUACUUGGUGCGCAAGCUCGGCCUCUGGACCCUGCAGGAGCUACUGUCGACGCAGAAUUGGAUUGAGGAGGACGUCCGUAACAACUCGGCGUGGUCACACCGCUUUUUCCUUGUUUUCUCAGACCCGGCGCGCUCGACUGAGGGCUCGCAUGCGACAGAGCACGACCCCAAGGUGCCCGCGGAUGUCGUGGACCGCGAGGUGAAGUACGCCGAGGAGAAGACGCUGCUGGCACCGCAGAACCAGGCUGCGUGGAAUUACCUCCGGGGCGUGCUAGUGAAGGGCGGGCGGAAGCUGGCGACCGCCGAGGCGUUUGCGACGCAGUUUGUUAAGAAUGUCGGUGAAGGCGAAGACAAAGAAGAGGUGCGUAGCAGCCAUGCGCUGGACUUCUUGGCCGAGGUGUUUGCGGAGAAGGGGCAAACGGAAGAGGCGGUCAAGUACCUCGACCGGCUGGCGGAGAAAUGGGAUCCUAUAAGGGCAGGAUACUGGAAGUACAGGAAGCAGCAGAUCGCAUAG